AUGAUACUUAAUCCAUACCUAAUCCCACUUCCUGCAGCCGAACCAGAGGAUGAUCAAUGUUGUCAUUUUAAAAUUAAAAGAUCUAAAAUUGACCUUGCUCCAAUAACAUCUUUAGUUAAAGCACAGGACUUUGCCUUGGUUGAUAAUCUUGAGGAAAUAGUACGAAUAUUUCAAUUGAAAACUACUUUCCUUGGAUGUCCACAUGCCUCCACCAAUUCAAAAAAAUAUGCAUUCAUUCUAUAUUGUAAUGAUAUUUCGAUUACAAUCUGUAAUUCCGACCAUAUCGAUAGCGAAACAGUACGCAAAUAUAUCAAAUACUUUUUAGGUUUUCGAAAUGAUAAACAAGUAUUUGAAUCCCCACAAUCUGGUCCAAAACAUUUUAAGUGUAGAGGUUGCCCUUCUAAAACCGAUGGUUCAAUUAAAAUGCGUGGUCUUAAAGCACCCAUAGAUGAAGGUUUCACUUAUUUUUGUUCAGUAGUAUGCUUUUUUAAAGUUUGUUAUUUUGGUAAAGGUGGUGAUUUUAAUGCAUUAGUAAAUAAAGGUUGCCCAAAACCUGAAAAGAAUAACAAUGUAGAGAUUGAAGAUGAAGGAGAUGAAGAUGAAGAUGAAGAUGAAAAAGAAAAGAAAAAAAAAAAUAAAAAAAAUAAAAAAGAAAUAAAUGUAGCGGUCACCAGAUCAAAAAGUAAAUAA